CUAUCAAGCUUCACGUCAUCAAUUAACACAUUACUUAAUAACAAUUAUAAGUCUUCUAUCUGAGUUCGGUCCCGCUGAGUUUCGGUCCUUGCUUUCAAGCCUCCUUAGCUGCUGAGACGUCACCAUGGCAGAGCUAGAAAAGACUUUCGCGUUAAUCAAGCCAGAUGCCGUGCGGGCCGGCAAGGCGCAGGAAAUCAUGCAGCUUAUCGAGCUGAAUGGCUUCACGAUUAUCGCCAAGCAGAAGCUACAGUUGACACGGGCCCGCGCGGAGGAGUUCUAUGGCGAGCACAAGGGAAAGGAGUUCUUCCCUAAGCUGGUGAACUUUAUGACCAGCGGGCCUAUCUGGGCGCUUGUGCUGGCCAAGCCUGGUGCCAUUCUGGCUUGGCGUGCGCUGAUGGGCCCAACCAACGUGUUUAAAGCCCGCGCGGAGCAGCCUAAGUGCCUGCGCGCGCUGUACGGAACGGACGGCACCCAGAAUGCCACCCACGGCAGCGACUCGCCUAUCAGCGCCGCGCGCGAGAUUAAGUUCUUCUUCCCCACGCUGUCUGGCGACCCGACCAUCUACGCGGAGCCCACUGCGGCCGCAGAGUACAUUACAAAGCGCAUCCAGCCCGCUCUGGCCAAGGCGCUGGCUGCGCUGGCGCGCGAGAAGCCGUCCGCCGACAAGUUCGAGGCCAUCACCUUCGUGGCGGGCUACCUGCUGCAGAACAACCCCAACAAGCCCAAGGUGCUCAUGCCGGACGAGUGGGACCCAGCGCUGAUGGGCGAUGACGAGGACGACGAGGCAGACUUCAUCAACGCGCGGCUGGCGGCACCCACCGGCAACGACGGCGCAACCAAGGCCGAGUUCGACGCCAUGGUGGAGGCCGCCAAGGCGGACACCGGCGGCGCCGCGCCCGCGCAGGAGUUCGUGUAUCCCGACAGCAAGCCCACCACACCGGUGGUGCCGGCGCCGCCGGCACCGGGCAGCAAGCCGCCGUCCGCCAGCGGCGCCCGCCCGCAGUCGGCGCGGCCCACCUCCGCGCGGCCACCGUCGGCGUCAGCCGCGCCUCCGGCGCCCCUGGCGCCGGUGCCGCCGCCGGCGUCCUCAUCCCGGCCGGCGUCGGGCUCAGGGCGGCCGCCCUCAGCAACGGCGCGGCCGCCGUCGGCCACGCCGCCCCCGCCGCCGCCGGCUGUGGAGCUGGAGGAGGCCGACGACCCGGCGCAGCUGGAUGAGGCGGCGACCAAGGUGCAGGCGGCGUUCCGUGGGUACCAGGCGCGGAAGGAGGUGGCGGUGAUGCGCAGCGAGGCCCAGCCCGGUGAGGCCGCGGCGGAGCCCGAGCAGGAGGCGGAGCUGCAGCCGGAGGCGGAGCCGGAGCCGCAACCCGAGGGGGAGCAGGAGCCGCAGCCGCAGGCGAGCGCCUCUAGCAGCUUCCUACCGGACGGCGUGACAGAGGAGAUGGCUGCAGAGGCGGCGACGCGUGUGCAGGCGCACAUGCGUGGGCACCUCGCGCGCAAGCAGGUGGCGGCGAUUAAGGCGCAGCAAGCGGCGCCCGCGGUGGCUGAGAGCUCGGAGGCUCUGGCGGAGCCGGAGCCGCAACCCGAAGCGGAGGCGGAGCCGCAGCCACAGGCGAGCGUCUCUAGCAGCUUCCUACCGGACGGCGUGACGGAGGAGAUGGCGGCAGAGGCGGCGACACUUGUGCAGGCGCACAUGCGCGGGCACCUCGCGCGCAAGCAGGUCGCGGCCAUUAAGGCGCAGCAAGCGGCGCCCGCGGUGGCUGAGAGCUCGGAGGCGCAGGCGGAGGCGGAGCAAACCGAGGCGGAGGCGGAGCCCCAACCGGAUGCGGAGGCGGAGGCUGGGGCAGCCGAGGGUGAGGCCGAGCCGGAGCCGGAGGCCGCUGAGUAAGGGCACAGAGCAUGGGGUUGCAGGAGCAUAGGCCUUGUAUACGUGUCUGUCUGAUUUGCUGCUAGCGUAAGGUUAUUGGUCGACCUGGUGGGUGGGCGAUGGUUUGCAAGGCACGGUGGCAUUGUCAACUAAAUAUGGUCGCACGCUGCGGGCCAGCCGUACAAAGUGAAGUCCCGCAGUGAGCAAGCGCCGUGCGGUGAGAGUGUGUCCUACAUUGGAAAGCCCUGGAUGGAGCGUGGCGCAUAGCAGGAGAGCUGGCGUGCUGUGAGGUGCCUCCUGUGUCGGUUGCGAAGAGCGCCGCGUUGCAGCUUGUGACGUGAAUGUAAGGUCAAAUGGCAACGUGGCAAGGUCAAGGAACGGCCACCCCCCUGAACAUAGAACUCCAGCUAGAGACAGUCUGACGUGCUUGAAAAAAACGCAACACGCACAAGCGAACAUGACGUUGUAGAGCUGAGGCCAGUGAGCUAGCACAAGCAA